GGGGGAGCGGAGGAGCGAAGCGCGGAGCAGAGCGAAGAGGCGGCGGCGGCGGCAGCAGCAGACGCCCAGGCUGGACCGACCCCGUCGAGCAAGCGCCGCCGAGGCAAGAGCGCGGAGGAGGGCCCCCAUUCUUGGGGCUGCCGCAGGUGGUGGUGUAGGGCGGCCGCGGCGCGGGGCGAGUUGGAACGGCACCAUCUGAUCCUGAUCCAUCCCCUAAAAAAAAAACCCCAGGACGCUCGCUCGACAGACGCGGACCCAAGGAAGUUUCCCUUCGGAUCUGGGCUGCUUCCGAACGGGGGAAUCCCCUCUGGAGGCGCAAGGUCGAAGGGAGGGGGUGGCUGGAAGGAUCCUCUGGGCGCCACAGCCUGACAGGCGCCGAGAUCCCCUCGAGGAUGGAAGGAACCCACCUGAUCACACCUGGCAGGGACAAGAAAAACUGAUCCACCGCAGCCUGCGCCCCCCACCCCACAUGCCUCGGGGCUGACUUCACCCAAGGAGAGCCAGGGGACUCAGAAGGGACUGCUCUGGCGGCCGAGAAAGAGGGAGACCCGCAAGCUGCACCACACACUUCUGGAAAAGAGAUCCUCUUGGAUCCAGGGGUUUGAAGUUGUGGAACUGAGCCGAGGAGGCGGAGGCGGAGGAGGAGGAGGCGAGUUGUGAGCCGUCAGAUCCAUUGCGAGCAUGCCUAGCCCGGCGAGUGGAUCCUCGGGACCGUCAGAGAGAUGAUCUCCCGCGCAAGGAGCCUCCUGGGUUCGAGAGCCUUCGGGAGAACGUGGCAGCAGGGGACCCUGUAGACUCGCCCCGUCCGUCGGGAGCAGAACUUUGCUGGAGCGCGAGAUGCGCUUGGAGACCGCUGGUCUUUCUGGCCCACCAGAGUGACAUGUGAUCCCUGAUCCCGCAGCAAGCGAUUAGGUCCAGGAUUCCCCGACGACAGCGACGGGCUUCUGUCUGCAAGCAGGAAGACGACAACCCACAGGAUUCCAGCGCUGCCGCCCCCCCACCCCCCACACCAUGGCUAGGGACUCGACCUUCUGAGCUAAGGUCCCGGCGAUAGAUCCCUCCUAGAAAGCGCGUCUCUCUCCUCCUUCUCCCAGCAGCACUGUCCAUGUAGAUCCUGGGGGAUCACCCCUCUGGUGAUUGGUGGGUGCCCUGACAGAUUGGGGGGUGCAGAGACAGCCUCCCCUCCAGUCCCAGCAGCUGCGGCUGUAGCUUGGACCCUGGCUGUGAGGCACCCUCAGGUUGUGGGGCAGCCUCGGUGCCCAGGACAGGGGGGGUAACGCCGUCCAGAGAUGCCCUGGGUGCUCUUUGGCCUCCUGUUGGUGCUGCUUCGAGGGUCCCGAGCUCUGCAGAAGGCAGAGCUGUCUGAAUGUUUUAUGGUGAAUGGGGCUGAUUACCGGGGCUCACAGAACCGGACCUCACCUGGGAGCACGGGGCGGCCCUGUCUCUACUGGAACCAGACGCGGGAGCAUGCCUACAACACGGCCAAGUACCCCAAUGGCGAGUGGGGGCUGGGCAGCCACAACUAUUGCCGAAACCCAGAUGGCGAUGUGCAGCCCUGGUGCUACAUCUCGGAGAAUGAGGAAGGGAUCUACUGGAAGUACUGCGACAUCCCCACCUGCCACAUGCCCGGCUACAUUGGCUGCUUCCUGGAUUCCGGGACCCCCCCAGCGCUGAGUGGAAGCAGCGGCACCUCCACCAAGCUCACGGUGCAGGUUUGCCUCAGCUUCUGCCGCAAGCGGGGCUAUAAGUUUGCUGGGGUAGAGGCCGGCUACGCCUGCUUCUGUGGCCAUGAAGGGGAUGUCCGGCGCAGCCAGCCAGUAAGCGCCGUGGAAUGUGACCAAGUCUGCUUUGGCAAAUCCAGCGAAUUGUGUGGAGGGGACGGCCGGAUCGGCAUAUACAAUGUAUCCAUGGGUUCCUGUCAGGGAAACUUCAGUGAACUCUCCGGAGUGAUCUACUCUCCGCAGUUCCCGGACGACUACGAGGCCGACAGCAACUGCAGCUGGGCCCUGCGCCCCCCGGGCUGUGAGUCCGUGGAACUCGCCUUCCGGCUCUUUGACGUGCACGACCCCAACGACCGUCUGGAGCUGCGGGAUGGACACAGCAACCUCCUGCUGGCCCAGUUCGAUGGGCGCCGAAGGCCGGGGGCUCCCCUGCUGCUCCCCACUGACUACCUGCUCCUCUCCUUCCAGUCGGACCAGUUCCUGCAAGCCCAGGGGUUCGCCAUCCUCUACAGAGGGGUGAAGGGUCCCUCGAUCAAUGGAGCCCGAUCUGACUUACGGACCCUCCCAGGCGAUGGCGCCCAUCUCGUCCCGACCUCCUCUGAUUGGCUCAACUCCACUUGGCCCUACAGUGCCAAUGACUCUGCCAUCGGUGUCGGAGCUUGGGUGAUGUACACGGCUACGGGGACCUUCAUCUUAGCCAUCCUUAUCAUCUCGUAUCAUCUGCGGAAGAGGACCUGUCUCUACGUGCAAAAGAAAACCGGCGGUUCUCUGGGGUCUUUCUCCUCCAAAGGUCCACGGGGCCGCUGCCAGUGCCACGGUGGUGAGGCCUGGGCCGUGGCCUACCGGCACACCCGCGUGGUCAUCUGCACUACGCGUGGCGCCCCCCACCACCGUCCUCUGCACAACAGCAGUGGGGUUGCCGGGGACGAUGAGACAUCCUCUGACUGCUCUUGCCUGUGUCACAGUUACGAAAACCUUUCUUCCACCAACCAGUCCUCCCUCAAAUCUCUCAUCUCCACCAUCUGAGGGGACACCAUCCUGUGAUUCUCGGCUUCCACCACCACUCCUGCCACUGCCUUUCUGUUGCCAGACCCUUGAGGAGCACUUUCCUCUCUUCCGUAGGAACCAAGAGAACAGGGCCCUCUGCCUCAGGGUGAGAGGUGGGAAGCGGGAAUGUCAUGGUGCUGAUAACAUUCCAAGGAAAAGGAAAGCCCUUUGGUAGCAGACACACAUAGCAAUGUUCCCCCAACGGUUGAGAGAUCCUAAUAAGCUCCCAGAGCAGCUUUCUGUGGGGCAGGAAAGUACUGAGGUGGUGGGGACCCUACAGCCCCUUAUCUUUGGGCGAAGAGGUCUGGGCCUCCUUUGGCGCCCGGAAGACCCACUCUGGUGCUGGAACAUGGGUCAGCUUGUGGUAGAACUCUCCAUUACGGCAGGUUUUGUGUCCCAUGGCAUCAUGGGAAAUUUAAGACUCGGGGACAGAAGAGGCCUGUUCUCUGUAAAUGACAGACUGUGGGAUUCUCCACAAUAUUACAUUUGGUGAGAGAAGAUGGCUCAGGAAUGGUGGGAUCCUGUGACUGCCCUCUCAGACAGAUGGAGUGUGUGGAAUGGGAUUGGUUCCAGGGAGGGCCUCUGGGCACCAAAUGGAGAAGAGGGUACUUGUAUGUUGAACCUGUUGCUGAAGUCACCAUGAGGACACCUGGACUCACAGAACCUGGAGACUGUGGUGGGACACAUGGAAGGAUUUCUCACUUGGCUCCAGGGGGCGCCAGAGAAGAGGAGGGCCGAUGGAAACCAGCCCCUUUGCCUUCUGUGACUCAUAGGCCCCAAACAGACUUUGGAACAGAAAAACCUUCAUUAAAUUAUUUUCAUAUUGGUGA